AUGGUCGGUAUGGCGAAUAUGGACGAGCAUGAGAGAAAAAUUGUGAUGGAAUUUGUUCAUUUACUAGAAAAAUCUAAACAACUGUUCAAUGGUUUAAGCUUGAGAACUAGUGAAACUAAUUAUCUAAAUGAAGCAUACUCAUUUUAUGCUGCCAUUCGCGGUCGUGCAUAUUAUUCUAGAGCAGCAAAAGAAGAUAGGUCUGAAUUAAUGGUUAAAAAGUUACGAUACUAUGCUCGAUUCAUAGUCGUUUGCCUUUUAUUAAGACGAAUGAAGUUAGUUAGAGAAUUAAUAGUAGAAUUAGACAGACAUAUCGCCGAUUACACGAGUACGUACGAGCCUGACGAUCAGAUCGAAUGGAGUUUGGUCCUAGAUGAAAUCAAGGGAUUUAUUCAAUCUGACUCUCUAGUACAAGUUCUACACGCCGAUACUAAUCCGAUUGUUCUAUCACAUAGAUUGAGCCCUUUAACAACACCGCCUGUAGAAAAAUCACAAUACAUGAAUUUAACACUACAAGAAAUUCUGAUAAUAGGAAGUGCAUCGGAACAAGUUAAAUUCUCAGAACUGACAAUGGAUAUGUUCCGAAUGAUUCAAACGCUAGAGAGGGAGCCUCAAGAAGAUUUCAAUCAUAUUUAUGACGCUUCUCCAGCUCCAGGAAGGGUACCGUAUGGGAUAAACCCGCCAAAAGGGUAUAUCGAAAAUGGAGAUAGGCCAUCAAGAAGGGAAAAUCCUCACAAAUAUCUAUUGUACAAACCCACGUUAAGUCACGUCUUAGUAUUUUUAGCUAGUGGUUUUAAAGAACUACCCACCAAUGGUGCUCUAUUAUUGUAUUUAUCCGCCGAUGGAUGUUUUUCGACUACAAAACAUCCAGAAGAUAUGGGAUACGAUCUUGGUGGCGUUCUAACUAGUAGCCGAAGAGACGGAGACCACAAAAAACAAAAAGAAGCUCACUGCCUUUACCCUGGUGAUUUAUAUCCAUUCACAAGAAGACCGCUGUUUGUCAUCGUAGAUUCAGACAAUAGUUUCGUAUUCCAACACAUUCCUAGAUAUUUUGGACAACCGUUAGUUACUUUAAUGUCACCUCAAGAUACACCACCAGCUUUUCAAGAUCAACAACACAAUGGUUCUUUGUUUACAUUAUUUUUACAUUCCCCAUUAACCGCAUUUUGUUACUGUUGCAAUUUAACGACUAUUCCAAUACAUCAUUGGGAGAGAUGUCAAAGUUUUGUUGAUCGUUUCGUUACAGAAGCAUCUCGCCUUUUCACUAGAUCACGUGUUGAAUCUUCAUAUCUUCAAUUCUUCGGUGAUGAUUUCCUGCGCCUGUUGCUACUUCGGUACGUGUUCUGUGACGUGGUAUUACACUUACACAGAGCAUUUAAAGGUCGCCAAUACCGUCCCAGAUGUCAGCCUCCUUUACCUGAAGCCGAGUUACUGGAGCAUCCUUCUCUUCAACACCUGGUGUUAGAUCUUGCGGCCCACCUUGAAGUGCGAACUCACUUCAUGGACGGGCACGAGGUCGAAUGA